GACAUGACACAAACUGCAAAAACACGUCAUGUUUGGUUCGACUCGACUUUACAAACCAAACAACGACACGAUAUAUAACUUAUAAAUAACGGGAAACAUUCACAGAUACAUCAAAACAGUUUUUAUUGUUAAUUAAUUUAAUAGAAGCUUAAUUGUUGGAAUAUAUUUAAAAUUAAAAUCGUUUGUUGAAGCGUUGUGUGGGAGUAAGUUGAGAAAUAUCCUGUUUUACUUUGAACUUGAAGUUUUCGCCGUUUCACCGCAAAAAUGGAUCCAGUUAUUUAUGUAGAUAACACUUACGCAUCGAAAGAGGACUUCUUCAAUCCCAUCGGCAUGGUGCUCCAGUUCCUGGCGUCGUACGGGUGGCUAGUGGUGGGCGCGGGCGCGCUGCUGCUGUACGUGGCGCAGCGGCUGCGGCCCGGCAUACAGAGGAGGAGGGACGCCAGGGAGGAGGCCGAGCACCACCGCAACCCUGACGCGGCGCUGGCGCGGCUGGAGGCGCUGCAGCGCGCGCGGGAGCUGCAGCAGCGCCGCCUCGAGGAGGCCUCGCAGCGGGCGCUCGAGCUGCAGAGAGAGCGUGAAGAGAAACGUCGCCUGGAGGCAGCGGAGCGCAUGCGCAAGUACGGACCUGACGCCGGACAGAAGCUCGGGAGUGGGGAUGCAGACUACUUGCCGCUGAGCGCGGGCGCGUCCACCUCCUCGUAUCGCCCCCCCAAGAAGUCCAAGUGCGGCGGCGGCGGCUGCGGCCGCUGAACACCAUCACCACCACGCCAUCACCACGCCGUCACCACGCCGUCAUCACGCCGUCACCAGUACGGGGAGCGACAGGAGUCAGUUAAAAGUCACAUUUUCGAAACUAUGCAAAAUCAAAUGUAUUUAGUUCCUGUUUAUUUUUUUAACUAGUUCGGUUAGAAAACCAUUCGUAAUUUUUAGGAUCUUACUUAACAACUAUUGCUUAACUUUCAAUAAUAUUGCCGCUUUAUACAUCAAUUUGUGAUAACAGACUUCUCUUGCUGUCCGUACUUCUCUGCUAUGGUAUAAAUAUUGUUUCCACAAAACAAACGUUUCCUACAUUGACGUGGCUGUGGUAACUCUUAAACAAAACUGGUGCGUUAUGCGGGAAGCCGAUUUUAUUUCUUCACCAACUUUUGACCACGGGCCCACCCCCUAUAAAUCGAAAAUAAUCGCACGGGAACAUCAAAUGUCGAUAAAAACGGGAACAUAAAAUCCUGUGUUGUAUCAAAUUUCGUUUAAAUUCAGUUAAGUGGUUUUUGCGUAAAGAGGAACAAACAUCUAACAUAAAAACAAACUUUCGCAUAUAAUAUUAGUAGGAUAUCGUCUAUUUGAUGUACCCUCUGGUGUCAGAGUGUACCCCGCCCGUAGUCCUCUGACGUGACGCGACACACACUUGCACACAUUGGUGCAUCCCGGGAUUCAAACUUGCGACCUUUGGCAGCCUUAUCAAUCUUCUAAAACCCUAUUUGUUCCGUAACUUCUUCAUCUCUAACGACGUUCAUAACUAUUGUAAUUACUUCACUAAUAUAUUAAUAAAUAAUAAUUAAUGUACAUUCGUUGUCUGUCCGUAUUUAUUAUCUGUUACAAAAUGGCGUCUAUUACAUAUCUGUCAAGAAUUAGAAAAUUGUAUGAGGUACAUAUAGCCCUGUUGAUUGAAAAGCGACUUCAUUGCGACGUGGUAAGGUAUAUAACACUGUUGAGUCUCCUGUACAUAGCUAGCAAUAUGUAUGACAUUUUUUUGUUUUCUAUUAAAUAUUAAUAAAUUAAUAAUUAAAGUUA